AUGGGUUGGUUCUGGGCAGACACACCAAAGGUGCCUGUGGCGCCGCACCCCACGACCCCUGGGGCCGCUAUUCCCCCCGGAUGCCCGAUGCAUGAAUCAUCGCAGGCGUCGCCCGCCGUGCCCGCCGCUGGCCCCGCGAAUACAGAAAUCCCUAGUAACUGCCCUAUGAGCAAAGAUUCUCCCUUCUAUUCCGCGCCGAAAUUCGCCAACGCGGGAACGCCGCAACCUGCGGCUGCGCCGCAGAAAUCGUCUACUCUGUCCAAGCUGAACCCGCUGAACUACAUGUUCGCUUCCAUCUCCCAGGAGCGCGCCCCGAACCAAACCGUUGACCUUCCCGUUGACCGCGAACUGUCUUCCAUUCCCCGUGGUGACUCUGAAGGAAAUUGGGAGUAUCCUUCUCCGCAGCAGAUGUACAAUGCGAUGCUGCGGAAGGGUCAUACAGAUACUCCCCAAGAUGCGGUCGAGUCUAUGGUUGCUGUACACAACUUCCUGAACGAGGGUGCGUGGACCGAGAUCGUUGGCUGGGAACGUACCUUUGCCAAGGGUCUCUCGGAGGGUUGGGACAAGUGCCGUCGCGGCGAAGAGAAUCUGGCUUUCGAGCUGGCUAAGGCCGAGAUGAUGGGCACCGUGGACGAGGCGAGUGAGCCUCGUCUGAUUCGUUUCCAGGGUCGCCCCAAGGAAUUGAGUCCCAAGGCUCAGAUUUUCCAGGCUCUGGGGUGGGCCUACCCGUCCAAAUUUGAAACCAACCCGCCCUUCGAUCGCCAUGACUGGUUCGUGCAGCGUCAGACUCCCUCCGGUCCCAAGGAGGUUCGCUACGUGAUCGACUACUACUCCGGACCCCCCGAGCCCACCGGCGAGCCUGUCUUCUAUCUCGAUAUCCGUCCUGCUCUGGACUCUCCCACCGCUGCCGUUGAACGGAUGAUGAGAUGGGGUGGUGAUGUCUGGUGGAGGGCCAGCGGGGGGUGCAGCGCGCGAGCCUGGUCACGGUCACGGCUUCCAUUGAACUUGGUCAAAGCAAUACUGGUUAUUCAAUGCCUCUCCCCUCUCCUCUGUACACUUGAUAGACAUGGCCCAGGCGUUCCACGGUUUUGA